UAAACAGCUCGCGAGGAGUUGCGGCGCUGAAGGCUGCCAGACUCAACCGCGAGGCCAUUCGUUCGACGCGCACAACACUCCGCGGCUUCGCGUUCGUUUCGGCGGCGUUUUUUUUUUUAUUUUCUAUACACAUUUUAGUUCAAUGACGCUGGCGGGCAGCGGCGACAUAUCCAAUAAGACCUGCUGCUGCAGCGAAAUCAUCGCCACAAUGCUCUGCAUUUGAAGCGUCGUCCGUGCGCGGCCCACGUCGACUAAAACUGGAUUAGUAAUUGUGCAAAUAUCGAUUUAUUGUCGCGUUGCACCCACCAUUGAGUCACACGCAACAACUCAACAAACAAGUGUGUUUGCAUAUUUGAAAUAAUUGUCAGCGCUGCUGCAAAGACGGGGAAUAUUUUCGCCGGCCGCCCCGGAUCAACAGUGAUACUGCAACGGAACAUUUCAUCACGUUGAGCCACCGGAACCAAUCGAAUGCUCGCCGCUAUCGUCGAGCUGCGGCGGCUUAAUUAGCACACCGGUUGCGUUCCGCGGAAAACUGCUAGUGACGCCGCAAAUUAUCGAUUUGGUCGGCUUCGUGCGCUAACAAUUUCGACAAACCGUCGCCGGCGAACUUAGACACACACAUUUCGCACAUCACAGCAAUGGCGGAAUACCUGGAGUUCGACUGGAAAACCAGCAUGAUUUCACAUGAUGUCCACAUUCUUUCCAUUGGGGACCUGAGGAAGCCCAAAGUGGAUAAAGCAAGAUCCGUUGAAGAUCUGCGGAGUUUCAUUCAACAUGGUACCGAUGAACAAUUGAAGACCAACAUGCAGCAGGAUGAUGCCACCCUGUUGCGUUUUCUCUACGCACGCAAUUUCAAUGUCCCUGAUGCUUACCUUCUGAUGCAGAACUGCUACUGGUACCGUCAACGCAACCCUAGUCUUUUCGCGGACCUGGUACCCAGCGCGCCUGAUGUACGCAAAGCCUUUGAAAAUGUCCUCCCUGGAGUCCUGGGUGCACGAGAUCGUCGAGGUCGUACCGUGCUUAUCCUCUACGCCACCAAUUGGGACUGUAGCUAUGGUCUAGCAAGUGUCUACCGAGCACUUCUAGUAGCUCUGGAAUUACUCAUCGCUGAUGUCCAAAACCAAGCAAAUGGAUUGGUAGUGGUUGUGGACUGGACGGAGUUCUCCCUGCGUCAAACCGCGAAUCUCAAACCCUCGAUGCUGAAGCUAAUGAUCGAAGGGUUGCAGGACUGCUUCCCGGCGCGUUUCAAAGGCGUGCAUUUCAUUGGUCAGCCAUGGUAUGUGGAUGCAGCGCUCACCGUCAUCAAACCCUUCCUCAAGGAUAAAAUCAAGGAAAGGAUUUAUGUGCAUGGGAACAAUCUGAGCACCCUUCAUGAUUACCUGCCGAAGGACAUCCUACCAACUGAACUGGGAGGUGAUCUCGCCACCUACAAUCCAGAGGUGUGGAUCAAGAGCAUACAGCCGAAGAUGGGCACCUAAUCACGUGACUCACCACAUCGCGCGCAUCACUAUCUAAUCUCAUUUCAUACUUCAAUAUUGCUUUUAACGACGAAGGCGAUUCGUUGCGAACGUGCUCUGUGAUGAAAAUACUGCGAAAUUUCUGCAUUUGGAUAGUAUUAUUAAUUAGUUUUAGGAUGGGAGUUAUUUAAUAACGAACUGAUUCUGGUUGCGAAAUUAUUAUUAAAUGUAAAUACGCAUCGAGUAUUUUGUAUUGAAAUUUACCUACGUGUAGACUGCUUUUGAUAUGUGUAUUUUACCUGUUACACAAUGAGUCUUCAAUGACUGCCUUACGGUGACAAUAAAUCAUACAAAUAAGUGACCAACAAA